AUGAUCAGCCAAGCCAAGCCAGCAGGAGCGGGUGGUGGUAGUCAUAGGACAGGGACGGAGGGCGUGGAAAAGGGGGAGAGGGAUAACGGUUGGGGUGUUGGCAAUGCCGGUGACUGUGCUACUGACGCUUCUGGGUGUGCUGGUGAAGGUACUUUGCCUUCUUGCUCGAGUCAGAAGGUGCGUGCAGAUCAUGAUAGUGGGUGUGGCCGAUGGCUUGGUGCAUCUCGAGAUGAAAUGGACCAGGGGAAUGACUCAUGCUUCAAAGAUGACACGGGAUGCUUUAAAGACGACAGGUGCGUCACAAGAGACGAUGGCGGAUGCGAACUGGACGACGACACGUGGUCUGGCGGGCGGAGGAGCCGUGGGAGAGCCUCAGCUUGUGCUGACUUGGCGGUGGGUGAGUCAGCAGCAGAUCAGCUGUGGGCGGCAGUGGAGGAGCUUCUGGAGUGCCCUGUCUGCUGCAUGGAGCUGUCUGCUCCCAUCUACCAGUGUCACAGGGGCCAUGUCAUUUGCUCCGCAUGCAUCAGCCACCUGGCGCACCAUUCCUCAUCAGAUUGCCAUGCAGGGGUGGAGGCUGCAGCAGACUGGGUGGCCGGGACAGCAACAGGCUUGGUCACAGGUGCAGCAGCAGCGGCACCACUGGCUGCUGCGUCACUAGGAGGGGCUGUGUCGCUGUUACAUGCGACAAACUCUCCUCUCUUAGCACCGGGACGUGUUACUAUUCGAGGCAUUACUCCUCACAGCAAUUUGUUUGGCUCGAGGGUUGGUGUAGAUGGGGCGUGGAGGGACGGACACAGCAACAAUAGGGUUGGUGGAACAGUUGUUGGCAUUCUCUUCGCUAUUUUCCAAUGGUUCAUGGUCUCUCGUAUCCGUGUCGGCGGUGCUCCGGAUGGUCAGUACGGACUAUUGGAAGAUGGGACAGCAGACACUGUACUCCAGCAGGUUUCUGAAAUCCAGUCCGCGAUUUCCAUGGGCGCUGAGUCGUUCCUGACCACGGAGUACAAGUACUUGGCUGUGUUCAUGAGCGGCUUUUCCGUGAUCAUCUUUCUAUUCCUUGGAUCCGUCGACAACUUCGACAAGCAGGGUAUCGCAAACGCUGGUUUCAGCACCUUGGCCUUUAUCCUUGGAGCUCUGACCUCGACGGGUUCCGGAUACCUCGGCAUGAAGAUUGCUACUUAUGCUAACGCGAGGACCACCUUGGAAGCCAGGAAGGGAAUUCCGGCGGCAUUUGUGGCUGCUUUCCGCGCUGGAUCGGUCAUGGGUUUCCUCCUGUCGGCGAAUGGACUGCUGGUGUUGUUCCUGACCAUUCUCGCGUACAGGAAGUACUACGGCGAUGACUGGGCUGGGCUGUACGAAUCCAUCACAGGGUACGGUCUUGGUGGUUCUUCUGUCGCCCUGUUUGGUCGUGUUGGUGGUGGUAUUUACACCAAGGCUGCUGAUGUUGGUGCGGAUCUUGUGGGCAAGGUUGAGAGGAACAUUCCCGAGGACGAUCCCAGGAACCCUGCUGUGAUCGCCGACAACGUGGGAGACAAUGUGGGUGACAUUGCUGGCAUGGGCUCUGACCUGUUCGGCUCCUUCGCCGAGUCCACCUGCGCAGCCCUUGUGAUCUCGGCCCUGUCUCAGCCUGGAAAGGACCAUGAUUUCUCCGCCAUGUGCUUCCCGCUUCUGGUCAGCGGUGCUGGUAUUCUUGUGUGCCUGAUCACCACCAUUAUCGCCACCGAUAUUCAGCAAGUGAAGGAGAAGGCUGAGAUUGAGCCCGCAUUGAAGAAGCAGCUGGUCAUCUCCACCGUGCUGAUGACACCCGUGAUCUUCCUCGUCGCGUUCUACGCUCUUCCGCCUACCUUCAAGAUCACUGUUGUCGGUCAGGGCGACAAGGUUGUUCAGAACUGGUACGCAUCUGCGUGCGUCUCAUCCGGACUUUGGGCUGGUCUUCUCAUCGGCUUUGUCACCGAGUAUUUCACGAGCAAUGCCUACGUGCCCGUUCAAGACGUCGCUGACUCUUGCCGUACUGGUGCGGCCACCAACAUCAUUUUUGGCCUUGCCCUUGGCUAUAAGUCGGUUAUCAUUCCGGUGUUCGCUAUUGCCGCUGCGAUCUACGUGAGCUUCCAGUUCGCUGGCAUGUACGGCAUUGCCCUGGCUGCUCUUGGCAUGCUGAGCACUCUUGCAACUGGUCUGGCCAUCGAUGCGUAUGGGCCAAUUAGUGACAAUGCUGGUGGUAUUGCCGAGAUGGCGGGUAUGGGUGAGGAGAUCCGUGAGCGCACCGAUGCUCUUGAUGCUGCUGGAAACACCACUGCUGCCAUUGGCAAGGGCUUCGCCAUUGGUUCUGCUGCACUGGUGUCCCUCGCUCUGUUCGGAGCUUAUGUGAGCCGGGCAAAGGUUAACGUUGUCAACGUGACUGAGCCCCAGGCCUUCGUGGGGCUCCUUGUUGGUGCUAUGCUGCCCUACUGGUUCUCUGCCAUGACCAUGAAGAGUGUGGGCAAGGCUGCUCUUGCAAUGGUGGAGGAGGUUCGUCGCCAGUUCAACACCAUGCCCGGCCUGAUGGAGGGAACCACGAAGCCAGACUACAAGAAGUGCGUGGAGAUUUCGACUGCUGCUUCUCUGCGUGAGAUGAUCCCUCCUGGCGCACUUGUGAUGCUGAGCCCUGUGAUUGCGGGAACUCUGUUUGGAACUACCACUCUGGCUGGUAUGCUGGCGGGUGCGCUGGUGUCUGGCGUCCAGAUUGCCAUUUCCGCGUCCAACACUGGUGGUGCGUGGGACAACGCCAAGAAGUACAUUGAGGCUGGCAACUCUGCUCAUGCCAAGAGCCUUGGCCCCAAGGGCUCUGAUCCCCACAAGGCUGCAGUUAUUGGCGACACUGUUGGUGAUCCCCUGAAGGACACAUCAGGCCCGUCCCUGAACAUUCUGAUCAAGCUGAUGGCUGUGGAGUCUCUUGUGUUUGCUCCCUUCUUUGCCACCCACGGUGGCAUCAUCUGGGGAGGCAAGUAG